AUGGCGUCCUCCGUUUUCUUCAAAUUCAAGUCGCAGAAGGAGCCGACGCGAGUUGAAUUCGAUGGCACCGGCAUUUCCGUCUUCGAGCUGAAGCGCGACAUCAUUUUGAAGAGUGGCCUAGGCGACGGCACUGACUUUGACCUCGCCAUUUACUCUGAGGAUGGCAGUGAAGAAUACGACGAUGACACCACGAUUAUCCCCAGAUCGACCACAGUUGUCGCUCGUCGCCUUCCAGCUGCGAAACCUGGCGCAGGCCGUGGUGCUCGAUAUGUCUCUGGCAAGAUGCCUGUCGCUGCUAAGAACUCUUCUCGCAAGGAGCAAACGACAAAAACGGCCACGGCCAAGGCGGCGUCCAACGCCAUUAGCCAGAUGAACAACGCUAUGACCGAGGAAGAAAAGAUGGCUGCUAUGUUCCAGGCGCAGACCGAGUCGUGGUCGGCCCAGCAAGAAGAGAUGUCACAUCAAACCCCAGUGUUCAAACCAGGCUCCAAGAAGCCAGCUAACGUGCCUGAUCACGACCCGCCCAACGGUUACAUCUGCUACCGCUGUGGAGAGAAGGGUCACUGGAUCCAGCUGUGCCCAACAAACGAUGACCCGGAGUUUGAUAACCGUCCGCGUGUGAAGCGCACGACUGGUAUUCCGAGAUCGUUCUUGCGGACGGUUGACAAGUCGGUCGCCCUUGCCCAGAGCGGAGACGAUGAGACCAAGAGACCGUCAGGCAUUAUGGUCAAUGCUGAAGGAGAAUUUGUGAUCGCCGAGCCUGACAAGGCAUCGUGGGAACAGUUCCAGGCCAAGGCCAAGUCUUCAGCCUCCGCUGCCAAGGCAAUCGCUAUGGGAGACAAGGAGCUGCAGGAGAAGGGACUCGAGUGCCCGAUCGACAAGAAGAUGUUCAUAGAACCAAUGAAGACCCCGUGCUGCCAGAAGACGUAUUGCAAUGAUUGCAUAACUAAUGCUCUCAUCGAAUCGGACUUCAUCUGCCCCAACUGCUCUACGGAAGGUGUCCUGAUCGACGACCUGAAGGCUGAUGAGGAGGCUGCCGACAAGAUCAAGGAGUUCCUCAAGGAAAAGACCGAGGCCAAAAGCCCCGCCGCAGCCUCGCCGGCGGCAGCGGCCUCGUCUCCCAAGGACAAAGUAGAGGACGUCAAGUCAGAGAUGGCGAACGGAACCACAAAGUCGCCUACGCCCCAGAAAUCGCCAUCCGUUGCCGCUGCCACUGCCGCUGCUCCCGCCGCCGCACCAACAAACGACGGUACGCCAAAGUCAGCAUCGGCCACACCAGCGAACGCCCCAACUGGUCCUGCCGAUCGUGCCUCAUCGGUCGAGUCCAGCUCAAAGAAGCGACCCGCUGAUGAGUUGAUGGAGAACCCAAAGAUUCCCAAGGCCCCGAAGGCCAUGCAAAAACAACAAGAACAGCAAGCGAUGAUGAACGGUAUGAACGGCAUGAAUGGCAUGCCCAUGAACCCCAUGAUGGGCUUCGGCGGCAUGAACAUGAUGAACGGAUUCAUGGGAAUGCCCAACAUGCCAAAUAUGCCAAAUAUGCCCAACAUGGGCAAUAUGAACAUGGGAAUGCCAAUGAUGGGUAUGAUGAAUCCCAUGAUGGGCAUGCCCGGCUUUAACCCCAUGAACGGCGGCGGCUUCCCCGACAUGGGCAACAACAUGUACGGCAACAACAACUUUAAUCCCAACAUGAACGGUGGUAUGAACGGUAUGAACGGUAUGAAUGGCGGAAUGAAUAGCAUGAAUGGCGGUAUGAACGGCGGUAUGAACGGCGGUAUGAACGGCGGUAUGAACGGCGGUGGCAUGGGCGGAUUCAACCAACAGCAACGUCACAAUUUCACGCAGCCGAGCAAUGAUGAGGAUGCCUACUUCCGGAGACCGGUUAACCCUCAUCGCCAUCAGAACCGUCAGAAGCGAGUCCGACCCAGUGACUACAGGGAGCUGUGA